UAGUUCAGAUAUCCAAACAAAUCCUUUACAUUGAAGAAAAUUCUGUUUCUUUUAUUUUAAUCCAUUAAAUUUGUUAAUGCGUAUCGAGGAUGCACUCAGAUCUUAAAAUUUUUAGAAAAACAAUUUUAAUAAUCACAUCAGCUCCAUUUAUUCUGUUUUUUUUAUAGUGCAAAUGCAAAAUCCAAAUGUUAAGAAGAAAGACAACACAUUUAUCGAGGUGACAAAGUAUUCAGUUCAGAAUGAUAAAAAGAGUUUUAUAUCACUUCUGGAAAGUGUUGGUUCUGCAGUCUUGUAUGGGUUUUGUUCAACCUCGAUGGCAUUUACAAACAAAGCAGUUAUCACCAGCUUCAGCUUUAAUUUUCCAUUUUUCAUCAUGUCUUGUCAGAUGUCUCUUUGUAUUAUUAUUCUUGAAGUGGGAAGACUGUUACAUUUAACUCACAUUCCUAAGUACUCAUUGAAAUUAGGUUGGACUUUUGCAUGGCCAGCUACAUUUUAUGCCCUACAUUCUGUAACUGCUUUGCAUGCUCUUGGUGGCAUGUCUAUUCCGAUGUAUGCUGCUGUCAAAAGAUGUGCUCCAAUCAUCACUCUUAUCCUGUCAGUUGUGAUAUUAAAAAAGAAAAUUCCCAAUUUAAAAAUUGUUACAGCAGUUGUUCUUAUAUGCGUUGGAUGCUUUUUAGCAGGUUUAGGAGAUUUGGAAUUUGAUACGAAAGCAUAUGCAUAUGGGAUAUUCAGUGUUUUUGUUCAAGGCCUCUACCUUACUUUAGCUCAAAGGGUUUUAGAAGAUAUGUCUGCAUUAGAUGUCUUAUAUAUUAACUCUUAUAACUCUAGUCCUUUCUUCAUUAUUUUGUGCUUACUGUUUGAAAUUCGGGAAGUGACUCAAUACAAUGGAUUCUCAGAUCCUGCUUUUGUAUUGUGCUUUGGUAUUCAAGCAUGCAUGGGAAUUCUACUCAAUUACUCAUUAUUUCUUUGUACUGCAAAGAAUUCAGCUUUGACUACCAGUUUAGUUGGAAUACUGAAAAGUGUUUUACAGACUGUUAUUGGACUUUUCACAUUUGGUGGCAUAAAACUCAAUUUAACAAAUGCAUUUGGUAUUAGUCUAAACCUGUUUGGAGGAAUUUUGUAUUCUUACUCCAAAUAUAAACAGACUAUAAAAGAUUCAAACAGUAUAAAACCAGUUUAAUUAGAUGUUAGGUAUUAUGUAUUGAAUAGGAGAAAAUGCCUUCAGUUCCCUUGAUAAAAAAGAUGUAGCAAUUAAAAAUUGUGUCAUAAUCAUAUAGAAAAUUUAUAAAAUAAAUAAACACUUAAAUUUUAAAAUUUUACAAAAGCUUCAGUUUAAGCUUGAAAAGUUCUUCAGUUUAACAGCAUAUGUAGAACUUGCAUGUGUUGUAAUGAAUUUGGAAGUCUUUUUCUUUAUUACCUGUAAAACAUUUUCAGAUGUUUACAGUAUAAUAAACAUGAUAAUUUAUUCA